CCCGAGUGUGAUUCCUUUUCUGCUCCCCAACCUCUGAAUCCCGAACAUCCUCUGCUUCAGCUCCCCUUCUCCCUUCUCCCUUCUUGACUGCCCUUCGCUUCCCCUUCCCUUCCCUUCCUUUGCUUGUUUGCUUUCAGUCGUUUCCCCUGUCCAUCGUUUGAUUUGUCCUCGGCUCUAUAUACAUACUUUUGAUAUCUACACGCUAUUGCAAUUGCAUCGUGAGCAUCAUCAUCCAUCCUCGUCACUCGCUUCUGCCGCCCCGACCGGUCUGAUCAAAGAGUCUCUCGUCGCGACUUUCUCGACCACUACUGUCCUAGGCGGCGCAUGUGUUCCCCCUGCGAAUAAAGUGGUGAAGGCGGAAUAAUGAGCGUUCGCCAUGAGAAUGUCAAAUGGGUUGAUGGCCUCCGUGGCCUCGCGUCCCUCCUCGUCGUCUCUACCCAUAUAGCCCGUGCCUUCGAUGAGGACCUCUUCAGACCCACCACCGCCCCGGAUCUCCCCCCGCGGGUCAUGCAAUACCCCUUCCUCCGUGUGCUCGUCCAGGGCCGCAUCGGCGUGUCCAUCUUCUCCCUCGUCACCGGCUACGUCUGCGCCCUGAAACCCAUCCGCCAAUGUCGCGCCGGAAAGCCCGAUGAGGCCUUCGUCUCCAUAUCCAAGAGCGCCUUCAGGCGGAUUCCCCGACUCGUGCUGCCCACGUCCAUCGCCACCACCAUCAUCUGGUUCAUCUGCCAGUUUGGCGUCUUCGAGGUUGCCAACCGCGCCGAGGGCUGGUGGCUCAACUACACCUCCCCCAACAUCACCCCCAUGAUUGGCGAGGCGAUCAAGUCGCUGAUCUACCACCUCAUCACCACGUGGACCCGCUCAUGGAACAUAUACGACCCUAACCAAUGGACGCUGCUCCCGCUGCUGAAGGGGGCCUUCCUCAUCUAUGUCAUGCUCUUCGCGACGGCGUACGUCAAGGCGAGGUAUCGCAUGAUGGUCGAGUUGGCCAUGUUUGUCUAUUACUACAUCAGUAACGACUCCGCCUUUGGAAUGCAAUUCUUCUUCGGCGCUUUCCUCUGCGACCUCUCGCAGCAUCCGGGCCACGUCGCCUGGCUCGCGAGCCGCAAGUGGCCCGGCCGCGUCCUCUCGCCGCUCCUCAUCAUCUUCGGCCUCUACCUGGCCUCCUACCCCGAGCUCAACCCCGACUUCAUGCCCUGGUCCAACUACAUGCUCCAGACCUCCUUCCUUAUCUUCCCCAAGGAGGCCGAGAUCCCACGCUUCUACACCGGCAUCGGCCUGCUCUUCAUCGCGCUGGGCAUCCACUUCUCGACCUUCGUCAAGAACGUCCUCUCCAGCCAGCACCUCCUCUGGUUCGGCAAGAACUCCUUCGCCGUCUACCUCCUCCACGGCACGCUCCUCCGCACGCUCCUCGUCUGGAUGUACUUCGGCAUCCACACGCCCCCGGACAUCAUCAACGAGCAAGGCCAGCCCGCGCCCGGCCCACCCCUGAAACUCUGCGGCCGCGCGCGCUUCUGGUUCUGGCUCCCCAUCUGGCUCGUCAUCCUAUACAGCAUCGCGAAUCUCUGGACCAAACACGUCGAUCCCUGGUGUGCGCGCCUCACGCAGAAGAUCGAGAAGUACGUGUUUGACGAUGGGAAGGACGAGGUUGAGAAGAAUAACCUUUUGAGUCCGUUGCCAAGAUAAAGAUCAAAAUCCCCCCCCCCCCCCC